AUGCCUGAUACGGAAAAACAAGGUGAAUCUUCUGUCACCAUGGUUAGUAAAUUGGAUGCUAGUGAUCCGUUAUAUCUUCAUGCUAGUGACUCUAGUAGUCUCUCAAUUGUCAAUAUUAAACUAAAAGGAACUGAGAAUUAUGUGGUUUGGUCAAAUGCUAUGAAAUUUGCUUUAACUGCUAAAAAUAAGCUAGGGUUUAUAAAUGGCACCUGCACCAAGUCCACUAAAGAUGAUGUUUUAGCAAGUCAAUGGGAUAGGUGUAAUUCUGUUGUGCUAACUUGGAUUCUCAACUCUGUAUCUGAAGAAUUAUAUGUAGGUCAAGUCUACUCUAGUCUUGCUAGUGAAGUCUGGAGUGACUUAAAGGACACCUAUGAUAGGGUUGAUGGGUCGGUUGUGUUUGGGUUAUACCAAAAGAUUAAUUGUGUUAGCCAAAAUGGCACUAGUGUCUCUGAAUACUAUCAUAGACUCAACACUAUGUGGAAACAAUUUGAUGCCAUGGUUCAAUUACCUUCCUGUACUUGUGAUGCUUCAUCCAAAUACAAUGAGUUCAGUCAAUUGAUCAAACUUAUGCAGUUCUUAAUGGGAUUAGAUGGCAUUUAUCAACCUGUUAGAACAAACCUGUUAACUAGGGAUCCUUUACCUACUGUUAAAACUGCUUUCUCUGUCAUCUCUAGGGAAGAAUCUCACAGAGAUUCAAAUAAAUCCUCAAAAACUCCAAAUGUUGGUUUUGUUGCCAAGGCAACUCAAUAUAAUGACAACAAAAAACGUUUUAACAAAGGGCCUAAUCCCAACUUAAAAUGCUCUCACUGCAAUAAGAUGAAUCAUCCCUUCCUUCAGUUCGAUCCCAACGACGAGCGUGAGGCUUUAUGCAUUCCAAAAAGAGACGCAUUAUGGGCCCGGAGGGGGCAGUUCGGAGUCCCUAGAUGGCUGGAUUGGGAAGUAAUGCAAGAACUCAAUCAGUGGUCGGUUGGUCGUUUGGGUAGGAGGCUCGGGAUUUACACUAGAGAAGACAUGGAUGAUCCCGAUGUCUUCACAGAGCAGUUCACCUUCCCUUCUGAUGUAGCACGAGAUGCGUUUUGGGCUGCAAAUGCUGUUGUGGACCCAUACAACCCGAGGAUGUCAAAAGCCUUACGACUUAGAGACCCUCUGUUUUCUAAGUUGCUAGGCCUUCUAAAUGAGAAUAAGCUGGAAGAUUCUCACAAAUCUAAUAUGAGUGGGGCUAAUCAACACAUGGUUAUGAACAAUGACAACAUGUUUAACAUUGUUGAUGUGUCUGAAUAUGAUAUUACCAUUAAACAUCCUAAUGGAACAGAUGCAAAAGUUAAACAAAUAGGAUGCUUUAAACUGUAUGAAGAUGUGAUUUUGAAAGAUGUUUUUGUUGUCCCUGGAUAUUGUGUGAAUCUUAUCUCUGUCCACAAACUUGCUAAAGAUAACAAACUUAAAGUUGUUUUUGACGAACAUAAUUGUUACAUUCAGGAUGUAUCCUUAAGGAAAAACCUGGUGAUUGGUAGGCAAACUGAUGGGCUCUAUUUCUGUGACGACUACUCUAGAUCGGUCUCGGUCUACUUAAUGAAAUCCAAAACUGAAGUGUUUGAAAACAUUAAAAGUUUCUAUGAUCUGAUCCUAACUCAGUUUGAAACAAAAAUCAAAAUUUUUAGAAGCGACAAUGGGUCUGAAUUUAUUAACACUCAAAUGGAAAAUUUUGUCAAAAUUCAUGGCAUUAUGGGUUACUCAAAUCUAAAAAAGGGAUACAAACUCUGGAGUUUGGAUCAAAGGACAUUCUCCUUCUCAUGA